AUGCUAGAGGAGAAGCACGACAUCGCCCCCGGCGACGGGUCGGGCGGCAGCCCACUAAGCCAGCCGGCUCAUACGCUCCCUUAUGAAGCCGUGAUCAAGGAACUCAGCACUGGGCUGGACGAGGGUCUGGCUCCCGAAGAAGCAAGCCGUCGUCUGCAGCAAUAUGGUCCCAACAAACUGGAUGAAGGCGAAGGUGUAUCGUUGGUCAAGAUUUUCGUGCGCCAGGUGGCCAACGCAAUGAUGCUAGUGUUGAUUCUGGCCAUGGCGGUCAGUUUUGGAAUUCAGUCGUGGAUUGAGGGCGGAGUAAUCUGUGCUGUCAUUGUCUUGAAUAUCAUUGUUGGAUUCUUUCAGGAGUACGCCGCCGAAAAGACUAUGGAGUCGUUGCAUUCGCUGUCUUCCCCGACGGGAACUGUCUCGAGAGGUGGACAGACAUUCUCGGUGCCGUCAUCGGAAAUCGUGCCGGGUGAUAUGGUCGAGCUUAGAACGGGAGAUACUGUUCCAGCGGAUAUUCGCCUGGUUGAAGCAGUCAACUUCGAGACCGACGAAGCCCUCCUGACUGGCGAGUCUCUUCCCGUCCAGAAGGAAUGCGACUCGACGUUCAAAGAUGAUACUGGCCCUGGAGACCGCCUUAAUAUUGCCUAUAGUUCCAGCACUGUCACUCGUGGUCGUGGGCGUGGUGUGGUUGUCAGUACAGGCAUGUUCACGGAAAUCGGAUCUAUUGCCCUCGCAUUGCGGGCCAGCGGCAAUAAGCGUCGUCAGGUCAAGCGUGGUCCCAACGGUGAGACCAAGAAACGUUGGUACGUCCAGGCCUGGAGUCUCACCUGGGCGGAUGCCGUGGGUCGAUUCCUCGGUGUCAAUAUCGGAACGCCCUUGCAGAGGAAGCUGUCAAAGCUGGCCUGUUUACUAUUUGGAAUCGCCGUUGUGUUCGCCAUUAUUUGCAUGGCUGCAAACAAAUUUAGCAGCAACACUGAAGUCAUCAUGUAUGCUGUUGCAACCGGUAUCAGUAUGAUUCCGGCGUGCCUGGUGGUCGUGCUCACCAUCACUAUGGCAGUGGGUACCAAACGCAUGGUCGAGCGGAACGUGAUUGUUCGCAAAUUAGACUCGCUAGAAGCGCUCGGUGCCGUCACAGAUAUUUGUUCCGAUAAGACCGGUACAUUGACUCAGGGCAAGAUGGUUGUCCAAAAGGCAUGGAUUCCGUCUCGAGGGACGUAUUCCGUCGGCCCAUCCAACGAUCCAUUCAAUCCUACCGUCGGAGAUGUCACCUUCAGCCCUAUAUCUCCUUCGCAAUUAGAUCAUGAGAAUGAAAGUACCACUACGGAGAACGCCGAAGGCCUGGUCUCGGGAAACCGCCAGCUCGAAGACUUUCUGGACGUUGCCUCAAUGGCCAAUCUCUCUCAUGUGUACAAGUCCGAAGAGGGCGAAUGGAACGCGAGAGGUGAACCCACAGAAAUUGCCAUUCAUGUUUUUGCAUCGAGGUUCAAUUGGAACCGCGACCGCUGGGUCAAGAAAGGCCAGGGUACAGUAUGGCACCAACAGGCUGAAUUCCCAUUCGAUUCAACUGUUAAGAAAAUGUCUGUGAUUUUCAGCAAGAUCACUCCACAAGAGACCCGGACAAUGGUGUUCACCAAGGGUGCGGUCGAGCGUAUCGCAGCCUCAUGCACCUCUAUCAUCUGGGACCAAGAUUCGUUUACCCCCGUGCCAAUGACCGACGACCACCGCGAAAAGAUCAUCCAGAACAUGGAGGAACUCGCCAAACUGGGACUUCGGGUCUUGGCUCUGGCCCAUCGACCGUACACUACUCAGACACAACUGCUCGAAGAUGCCGACCUGAAUCGUGAAGAUGUAGAGAAUGAUCUAUGCUUCCUAGGACUGAUCGGUUUGUAUGAUCCUCCGCGCCCUGAGACGGCGGGCUCAAUCCAGGCCUGCUACCGAGCUGGUAUAGUUGUCCACAUGGUCACUGGCGAUCACCCUGGCACUGCCAAAGCGAUUGCCCAGCAAGUAGGAAUCCUUCCUACUAAUUUCAAUGCCGUGGCGGCUGAUGUUGCGGACGCCAUGGUCAUGACUGCUAGUCAAUUUGACAAACUCACUGAUGAGGAAGUAGAUUUACUUCCGACUCUGCCUUUGGUCAUUGCACGCUGUGCCCCGCAGACCAAGGUGCGCAUGAUUGACGCACUUCAUCGCCGUGGCCGCUUUGCAGCUAUGACUGGAGACGGAGUUAAUGAUUCUCCUUCGCUUAAGCACGCCGAUGUUGGUAUCGCUAUGGGACAGGCAGGUUCGGAUGUGGCUAAAGAUGCAUCUGAUAUCAUUCUCACGGAUGAUAACUUCGCCUCGAUUCUCAAUGCCGUCGAGGAAGGUCGUCGUAUCUUUGAUAAUAUUCAAAAAUUCGUGCUUCAUCUAUUGUCAGAGAACAUCGCUCAGGCCUGUACCCUACUUAUCGGAUUAGCUUUCAAAGAUGCUGAUAAUCAAUCCGUCUUCCCUCUUUCACCGGUCGAAAUUCUCUGGAUUAUUAUGAUUACAUCGGGUAUGCCUGACAUGGGCCUUGGAAUGGAGGUGGCUGCCCCUGACAUCAUGAACCGUCCUCCCCAGAGUAAGCAAGGCAUAUUCACCUGGGAGGUAAUCAUCGACAUCCUGGUAUAUGGUAUCUGGACCGCAGCACUCUGCCUGGCGGCAUUUUCUGUCCGCGUGUGGGGAUUCGGCGACGGCAACCUGGCCCGUGGCUGCAACAAGGAGUGGUCAGAAGAGAUCAAAGACUGCGAACUGGUCUUCCGAGCACGUGCCACGACGUUCGUGUGCUUGACUUGGUUUGCGCUUUUCCUAGCUUGGGAAAUGGUCAACCUGCGCCGGUCGUUCUUCCGCAUGCAACCAAAAUCCAAGAAAUACUUUACCCAGUGGAUGUACGACGUCUGGCGGAACAAGUUCCUUUUCUGGUCCAUCAUGGCCGGAUGGAUCACGAUGUUCCCUAUCCUUUACAUCCCCGUUUUGAACGAUGUCGUCUUCAAACAUAAGCCUAUCACUUGGGAAUGGGGCAUCGUGGCGGUCGAGGCUGUCCUGUUCUUCAUCGGUGUCGAAGCCUGGAAAUGGGCUAAGCGAGUCUUCUUCCGUCGCAGAGCCCGAAAAUAUCCGCAGUUGACUCCGUUGGAAGAGAUCCCUGAGCAACUCUAA